AUGGUAUCUUUUUCUUCUGGAUCCCCAGGUUUCUUAGACAGAAGCGUUGCCAAACGAUGCGCAAGAAUAGGCAUUGCUCAAAUACCAGCAGUGUUUUUGUUGGCAACUAAAGGGGACUUUAUAACUGGGGUCACAGGGUUGACAUAUGAGAGGUCUACUUUCUUGCACAUUUGGUUUUCGUUCAUGAUGUUCACGACUGUUACGUUUCAUGUUGUUGCGAUCUGUUACUAUUGGGCAAGACCAGAGUUUUCGUAUUUCCACCCAAGGCAACCUUAUUAUGUUUAUGGUAUCUUAGCGUUUGUGACAUUUGUAUUUCUAGCUUUUGGAAAUAUCAGGAUUAUACGAAAAAUUUCUUUUGACGCUUCUAUGGUUCACCAUCGUGCUCAGUCAUUUAUCAUGUUGUUAAUGGCUUUUCUUCAUAACAACAACGCCAAGGCUAUGGUUGUUCUUGGAGUCCACUUGCUUGUUUUGGACAAGGUUCUAGGAAGGAUAUAUGGUAUAAUUCACAGCAAGAAAUCCCCCACCAAAGGUUGGUCAGAGUUUGAAUUGUUAGACGAGUACACCAUGAGAGUUUCUAUCCCUAUUAAAAUAAACAAAAGUUUCAAUCCUAAUUCGUGGUUCGGAUUGAUCAAAUUCAAGUAUGGUAAUUGGCUACCAGGGCAACAUUUAUACUUUAACGUUAGGAAAGUGGAUUUCUUUCAGCACCAUCCUUUUUGGAUCUCGAGCUUGUCGGAAGAUGGGAAAAUGGUAAUUAUUAUCAAGAAAAGAAACGGAUUUACAAAGAAACUAUUUGAUAAAAUUGAAACAUUAAAGGAGAAACAGAUUGAGGGAACAGAAACAGAAGAUGAUUACAUUCCAAGAUAUAGAAAAAAGAUAAACCAAUGGGUGAAGAAAUAUAAAACGAACAAGACGGAAAAGCUAGUAGAGGAAAAUGAAGAGUUCAAAAUUCCUGAUUAUAGAAAGAUUGUUGACCCUAAUAUUGUUAUUUUGAAAGUAGCGUUCCGAGGUCCAAGUGGCGCCAAGUUUCAACCACUAGUUACAUUCGACUCUGUUGCGUUCUUUGCACAAGAGUGCGGUGCUUCCUUUAUAUUACCUGUUUGUUUGGAUUUGUUACAAACAAUCGAACGUAAGGAAGUGCUUAAAGAUUAUUUGGGAAGACCUGCACAUCCUGUUUUGGUCAUUAACUGGAUGGUCAAGAGCGAAAAACAAAUUUAUUGGUACAAACAUGUUCUUGACAGAUUGUUGACUUUUGUGAAAGCAGGAAAGUUGACGUUCAAUGUAAGUAUAGAGGAAAAAGCGGAUGAGAUAAGACAAAUCGACAAAGAUCAAGAGAUUGACCCACUCACACCACCUUGCUCCGAAAAGAAAUUGGAAAAAGCCGAUUUUGAGGAACUGGCGCUUCAAAAGACUAGUACUAGUGUUACUAGUGUUUCAAGUCAAAUAAAUUCUACAGAUUAUACAUUAUUGAAUAUUUCAAAUAAAAGUUUAGAUACAAACAAAGAACUCCAGAAACAUAUUGCCAGUGUUAAAUACUCAGAUGAGAAUCAUUUUAGGUCUAUGGCUGUGUUGAGUUGCGGGGAAGAUACUGGAUUUGGUAAAGAGAUUGAAUACAGUUUGCAAAACUACCGAUGGGCUGAAAAUGCCCCAAAUAUAUACUUUUAUAACGAGUCCUAUGAUUCAUAG